UAGCCUGCCGCCGCUCGAGCUCCGCGGCCACCCGGAGACCCGCGGCGCGUGGCGACAUGGCGGGCGGCCACCGCCUCCUGCUGGAGAACGCGCAGCAAGUGGUGAUGGUGUGCGCCCGCGGCGAGCGCUUCCUGGCGCGGGACGCGCUGCACAGCCUGGCCGUGCUGGAGGGCGCCAGCCUGGUGGUGGGCACGGAUGGGUUUAUAAAAGCCAUUGGUCGGGCUGAUGCUAUCCAAACACUGUUUUCUGAAGAAACGUUUGAAGAAAGAAUUGACUGUUCUGGGAAAUGCAUCUUGCCAGGUUUGGUGGAUGCACACACACAUCCAGUCUGGGCUGGUGAAAGAGUUCACGAGUUUGCAAUGAAGUUGGCAGGAGCCACGUACAUGGAAAUUCACCAGGCGGGAGGAGGCAUCAACUUCACUGUGGAGCACACGCGCCAAGCCUCGGAGGAGGAGUUAUUCUGCUCCUUUCAGCAGCGGUUGCAGUGCAUGAUGAGGGCGGGGACCACACUGGUGGAGUGCAAGAGCGGAUACGGCCUCAACCUGGAGACGGAGCUCAAGAUGCUGCGUGUGAUUGAGCGCGCUCGGCGCCAGGGGCCCAUCGGCAUCUCGGCCACUUACUGCGGGGCUCACUCAGUGCCAAAAGGAAAGACUGCUACAGAAGCUGCUGAUGAAAUCAUCAAUAACCACCUCCCAAAGCUGAAGGAGCUUGGCAGCCGUGGGGAAAUACACGUGGACAAUAUAGAUGUGUUCUGUGAGAAAGGCGUCUUUGAUCUCAAUUCCACCAGAAGGAUUCUUCAAAGUGGAAAAGAUCUAGGAUUACAGAUUAACUUUCAUGGGGAUGAACUCCAUCCUAUGAAGGCUGCUGAGCUGGGAGCUGAGCUGGGAGCUCAGGCGAUCAGUCACCUGGAAGAAGUGAGCGAUGAAGGCAUCGCUGCCAUGGCAACGGCCAGGAGCUCCGCUGUCCUCCUGCCCACCACCGCCUACAUGCUGAGACUGAAGCAACCUCGGGCUAGGAAGAUGUUAGAUGAAGGGGUAAUCGUUGCUCUGGGCAGUGAUUUCAACCCUAAUGCAUAUUGCCUUUCAAUGCCAAUGGUCAUGCAUCUGGCCUGUGUGAACAUGAGAAUGUCCAUGCCUGAGGCCUUGGCGGCUGCCACUAUCAAUGCAGCUUAUGCGCUGGGAAAAUCUCACACACAUGGAUCUCUGGAAGUUGGUAAGCAGGGAGAUCUCAUUAUCAUCAAUUCAUCCAGAUGGGAGCAUUUGAUUUACCAGUUUGGAGGCCAUCACGAAUUAAUUGAAUAUGUUAUAGCUAAAGGAAAAGUCAUCUACAAAAAAUGAAAGAUCUGAAAGGAAAGAGAAGACUCUUCGACUGUAUAAGUCAAUGCAGUUGUAGUAAAAGUUAAAAUACCAUAGUAAUUUACCAGGGUGAUGUCAGAUAUAUUUCAGUGCUUUGUUAAUCCACUUGAAAAAACCAAGAGAUAAAUUUAUUUUCUUUUAA